AGAAAACUGUUUGCAUAACUGACUAAUACUUUUACACACACUCAAGUUUCAAUUUUGGCAAAUAAUUCAUGCACACCCAGAUAUUGAAAAAGUGAAACUUUGAGGGAUGGAAAUAAGUGAGAUUGAAGAUGGGUAUUUUGAUGCACAUGAAGUGUUUGAUAAAUUGUCUGACUCAGAAGAUGAUGAUUCAUCUGAUGAGAGUUUGUGUUCCACUUCUGGUGUGAAAUAUGAUUAUUGGAUUGGGAAUCUUGAUGAUAGUGUUGAUGAAAGGAGAAAUAGGUUUAUGAAAUCUGUUGGGUUGGGUUCUAAAGGGGUUGUUAAAGAUGAAGAAAUCGAGCCCGAAAAGGGUUGUUUUCGUGACGAUUUUGUUGAGAAAGUUAAAGAGGAUAAUAAACAAGAGGUGUUGGUGAAAGAAAGUUCGGAUUUUGAUGAUGGGGUUUUGAUUAGACAGCCUUCUUUGUCUUGUUGGUCGAAUACGGGGUUUGAAUUACAACAACCAUCUGGUUUUGUUAACAAGAAUGUAACAUUUGUUCGACAUGGUGAAGAAGACGAUUUAUCAGUGAAACAAUCAUUCGAAUUUGGUUCAUCUUCAUCAUCACGAAAAGACAAUGAAAUUGGGACUUUGUUGGAUAGAAGAAAAAAAGUGAAAAAGGGUUGGUUAAAGAAACUAAAUGUUAUAGCACAUAGAAUCACUGAUCAUCAUCUCCAUCAUCAUAAUCAAUACGAACCAAUGAUGUUUUUGGAUGGUGUCAAUUGUACUAAAACGGUUAAUGUGCAUAUAAACAAGAAGAAAUCCAAAGAGUUAUCAUCUGUUUAUACAACACAAGACUUUCCGGCCCAUAAUGGUUCCAUUUCGGUGUUGAAGUUUAGUCAUGAUGGACGAUAUUUGGCUAGUGCCGGUGAUGAUUGUAUUGUACGAAUUUGGGAGAUCACUGAACAUCAUGAAGAUCCAAGUAAAUAUGAAAUUCAAGGAAAUGAUCCAUCUAAGUUAUACUUUUCAACGAAUCAUCUUUCUGAGUUAGCACCUAUCAACGUAGAUAAGGAGAAAAACCGAAAGAUUAAGAAACCGUCAGAAUUGACUUGUGUUAUUUUACCACCUAAAGUAUUUCGGAUAUUGGAGAAGCCUGUGCACGAGUUCCAUGGUCAUGGUGGUGAAAUCUUGUCCCUUUCCUGGUCAAAGAAAGGGUAUCUUUUAUCGUCAUCGGUUGAUAAAACUGUAAGAUUGUGGCAAAUUGGGCAUCAUGAGUGCAUCAAAGUUUUUACUCACAACAACUAUGUGACAUCUGUAGAAUUUAAUCCUGUGGAUGAAAACUAUUUCAUUAGCGGUUCAAUUGAUGGAAAGGUACGCAUUUGGGAAGUCAGUGGCUGUCAAGUUAUAGAAUGGAUUGAUAAUCGAGAAAUUGUGACUGCAGUAUCCUAUUAUCCAAAUGGAAAGGGAUGCAUUGUGGGAACAUUAGAUGGAAACUGCAGUCUUUAUGAUAUCAUAGAUAAACGGUUGCAACUCGAUACUCAUAUAUGUAUAAUGUCCAAAAAGAAGUGGCCAAGACGAAUAACUGGCUUUCAGUUCUGCCCAACCGACUCAAGGAAAGUUAUAGUUUCCUCUGCUGAUUCACAAGUCAGGGUUCUUUGUGGCGUCAACGUUGUUGGAAAAUUUAAGGGAAACCGAUGUUCAGGAGGGCAGAUGUCGGCAUCUUUUACUUCUGAUGGAAAACAUAUUGUAUCGGCUGGUGAUGACUCAAACAUAUACAUGUGGAACCACGCUACAUCAGAUAAGCUCUACUCAAAAGCCAAAAGCAAUUUAUCCAGUGAAAGUUUCUUCUCUCAAAACGCUUCUGUUGCCGUCCCGUGGUCUGGAAUUAAGAGCAUAGCAGCAGCUUUUCCAUCACCAAGAUUAACCAGCACAACCGACGCUCUUCCAAGAAGCACGAUAAAUUCACCAAGGAAACCCUCAUUAUCCACAAGCCGGAGCUUUUUCUUGGAGUCAAUGCUGAAAAGCCCACCUACGUUUCCAGCAGAAACUCUUCCAGAUUCGACUCAAGUUAGUGUUUCUCCUUCAAUGCGGAAAUCAGAGUACAGGUUCUUAAGAAGUGCUUACAGGAGCACUUUUGUUGCACCACAUACAUGGGGUUUGGUGAUUGUCACUGCAGGUUUGGAUGGCCGGAUCAGAACAUAUCUCAAUUACGGGCUACCAGUCAGGCAAUGAAACUGUAGAAUUUGGGAAUUAUACAACAUACAGAAUAUAGUUUAGUACAUAAUAUUUAUAAUUACCUAUAUACGUAUACAACAUUUGGGUUUUUUCUUUCCGUAGUUUCUUGUAUAUGGUUGAUAUUGUCAUGACCAAUUUCAAGACUCCAAUACACCAUCAAAAUUGUUGGUAUGUUCUUGUUUCUUGUAACUAUUUCACGUGUACAUGUUUAUGUACUUUUGAGUGAUUAUUAAUUUAGUUGUAAUUGAAAGUCAAAAUUUUAGGAAA